AUGGCCAUUUCAUCGCCGAAUUCCACGCGCUGGGUGCAGGUCAACAGCCAGCUCUGCACGAUCCUGGGCUACUCGCGCGAGGAGCUGCUGCGCAUGACAUGGUCGGAGAUGACGCCCCAGCCCGAUCUGGACCGCAACCUCGCCCUGCGCGACGCGAUGCUGGCGAAGGGGACCGACAACUACAUGAUGCAGAAGCGUUUCGUGCGCAAGGACGGCAGCUUCGUGCACACCGAGCUCGACGUGCGCGCGGUGCGCAACCCCGACGGCACACUCAAGCACCUGUUCGCCACCGUCAAGGACAUCACCGAGCGGCUGCAGGCCGAAGCCGCGAUCAACAGGCAGAAAGAUCUGCUGGAGCUGGCCGAGUCCAUGGCGGGGUUGGGCAGCUGGGUGUACGACACCCAGAGCCGCAACAUCUGGUGGUCUCGCCAGAUGUACCGCAACACCGGACGCGACGAAGCGCUGGGGCCACCGCCCGACCUGGCGGCCUACCUCACCUACAUCCACCCCGAAGACCGCUGUCAGGUUGAGCACUUCAUGCGCGCGAUUCCCGACGCCAGCGCCAUGAGCACCGCCGAGUUCCGCCGCCACCCCGACCUGGGGCCCCUGCGCUGGUUUCGCGGCAGCGUGCAGAGCCAGCCCAUGGCCACGCCCGGCUUCUACAGCUACAGCGGCACCCUGCUCGACAUCACCCAGCUCAAGCAGGCCCAGACCACACUGGAGCAGACCAAUGCCGCGCUGGAGCAACGCGUGACCGAGCGCACCGCCCAGCUGCGCGGCCUCAACGAAGAACUCGAGGCUUUCUCGUACACCGUGUCCCACGACCUCAAGGCGCCGCUGCGCGGCAUCGACGGCUACAGCCAGUUGCUCGAAGAAGAGCACAGCAGCCAGCUCAAUGAAGAGGGUCGGCAGUUCCUCACCCGCAUCCGCCGAGGGGUGCUGCAGAUGGGCGACCUGAUUUCCGGCUUGCUGGACUAUUCGCGCAUGGAGCGCCGCACCAUGGAGCACCAGCGGGUGGAUGUGCCCGCGCUGGUGGCCCAGGUGAUCGAAGGCCACAGCGCCGACAUUGAAAAGACCCAUGUGCGCCUGAGUCUGCAGCUCGAACCCAUGGUGCUGCAGCUCGACCGCGAGGGCAUGGCCGUGGUGUUGCGCAACCUGGUGGGCAACGCCAUCAAGUUCAGCCGCACCCGGGCACAGCCCGAGGUGGAGAUCGGCUCGCGCACCGAAGACCACCGACGCAUCCUCUGGGUGCGGGACAACGGCGUGGGCUUCGACAUGAAGUACCACGACCGCAUCUUCGGCAUCUUUCAGCGCCUGCAGCGCGCCGAGGACUACCAGGGCACCGGCCUGGGUCUCGCGCUCGUGGCCAAGGCCGUGCAACGCAUGGGAGGCCGUGUGUGGGCCGAGAGCCAGCCCGGGCAGGGCGCCACGUUUUUUCUGGAGUUUCCGUCAUGA